GCCAAUGAGCUGCGGGGAAAAGGCUGGAAAAAUAAUUACCUGCCUUGAUUGUUCUGUGAGCAGAUAAAAAGUACAUAUACAGUUCAUACAAUAAUCUUAUGUAUGUAAAACCCUGUUACGAUGUCGGCGACGGGGCCCAUCAGUAACUAUUACGUGGACUCGCUCAUCUCUCACGACAAUGAAGACCUCCUAGCGUCCAGGUUUCCGGCCACGGGGGCUCACCCCGCUGCCGCCAGACCCAGCGGUUUGGUGCCGGACUGUAGCGAUUUUCCGUCCUGUAGCUUCGCGCCCAAGCCGGCAGUGUUCAGCACGUCGUGGGCGCCCGUGCCCUCGCAGUCGUCCGUGGUAUACCACCCGUACGGCCCCCAGCCCCACCUCGGCGCCGACACGCGCUACAUGCGGACUUGGCUCGAGCCGCUGUCCGGCGCCGUCUCCUUCCCCAGCUUCCCGGCCGGGGGCCGUCACUACGCCCUCAAGCCCGACGCCUACCCCGGACGCCGCGCCGACUGCGGCCCGGGCGAUGGCCGCAGCUACCCGGACUACAUGUACGGCUCGCCCGGGGAGCUGCGCGACCGCGCCCCGCAGACACUGCCCUCGCCCGAGGCGGACGCCCUCGCCGGCAGCAAGCACAAAGAGGAGAAGGCCGACCUGGACCCCAGCAACCCCGUGGCCAACUGGAUCCACGCCCGCUCCACGAGGAAGAAGCGCUGCCCCUACACCAAGUACCAGACGCUGGAACUGGAGAAAGAGUUUCUCUUCAAUAUGUAUUUAACCAGGGACCGUCGGUACGAGGUGGCCCGGGUUCUCAACCUCACCGAGCGGCAGGUCAAAAUCUGGUUUCAGAACCGGAGGAUGAAGAUGAAAAAGAUGAAUAAGGAGAAAACCGACAAGGAGCAAUCCUAAACCCUGCCCGGGCCUGCUGCCUCGGCACAGCCAAGGGAAAAACAAAACCCCCCAAAAAAUACCCCAACCCAAGCGGGAGAGAGCACGAAAAAGAAAAGGAAAGAGCAAGAUAGAGAAAAGCUAAUCAGCUUAAAAAAAAAAAAAAAGGAAAACUCUUGCGAUUUGGGAGGGUUCAGUAUUGAGAAAUUGGUGUUUUAGAGUUAGUUCUACCCAGCGAGGAGGAGGCAGGGAGAGAAACCACAUUCUCUUCCCCCAGCGCAACUGAAAUAAAUGACACACACAAAUGUGUUUUUUUUUUCUCCUUUUUUCAGAGAAG